AAUAUAUACAAUUAAUAUAUUUUUUCCUUGUUUUCUGUUUUGUCUUUUUUUUUUCUUUUUAUGUAAUAUCUAUAUCCAUGGCUGGUUUGGAUUUAGGCACAGCUUCUCGCUACGUUCAACAUCAACACCAUCAUCAUCACCAUCACAAUAAUAAUAAUAAUAAUAAUAAUCAACCACAACAAUUACAACGACACUUGAAUCUCCACACCGAUCAAUUCUCUUCCGACCACCACCAAGACGACGGAGGAAGCGGCGGAGUUGGAGGAGGAGGUGGAUUAGAACUCAUUACUGGAAACCCAGAUCAUGACUUAGUGGGCCGCAGGCCCAGAGGAAGACCACCUGGGUCCAAAAACAAGCCCAAACCACCAGUCAUAAUAACACGAGAGAGUGCCAACACUCUUAGGGCCCACAUCUUGGAAAUAACCAACGGCUGCGAUGUAUUCGACUCAGUCGCCACCUACGCGCGCCGCCGUCAAAGAGGGAUCUGUAUUUUAAGCGGAAGCGGUACUGUAACCAAUGUAACUCUCCGUCAACCGGCUGCAGCCGGAGCCGUCGUAACACUUCACGGAAGAUUCGAGAUACUCUCUCUUUCAGGUUCUUUUCUACCGCCGCCGGCUCCUCCCGGGGCUACUAGCUUGACUAUUUUCUUGGCCGGAGGGCAAGGACAGGUCGUCGGUGGAAACGUCGUCGGUGAACUCACGGCGGCUGGACCUGUUAUCGUUAUUGCUUCGUCUUUUACUAACGUGGCUUAUGAAAGGUUGCCGUUGGAUGAAGAGGCGGAGGCUCAGCUUCAAAUGCAGACUCCGGCGGCUCCUGAAGGAUCGGGUGGUAGCGGCGGCGGCGGCGGCGGAGGUGGUGGUGGGGUUUCGGGGAAUAGUAAUAAUAACCCUUUUCCAGACCCAUCUUCAGGGCUUCCUUUCUUUAAUUUACCGUUGAAUAUGCAAAAUGUUCAGUUGCCGGUGGAUGGUUGGGGUGGAAACUCAGGUGGUCGUACGACGCCGUUUUGAGAUGAGCUAAUAAUAAUUAUAAUAAUUAUUAUGUAGAAAAAAUGGGAUUAUCAUCGAUUUGAGGAAAUUAAUUAAGGAUUAUAUAUGUAAUGACGAAAAUGGGUCUCUUUGGUGCUAUAAUAUUAUGAAGAGGAAGAGGAAGAAGAAAAAAGGUCAGAAAAUUAAUAUUAUUAUGCAGUGUUAUAUAUAUAUAUAUAUAAAAUAUUUAUAUAUUUCUUCCUCUUAUUUAAUUUCUUCUCUUUUUUUAAAUUUUCUGAUAUUAUUGUUUGUUGAUGUUGUAGUAGUUUCCUUUUUUUAAUUAGAUUCUUGAUGAAAUACAUAUAUGUUCAUGGUGGAAAUUAAUCAAACUACUCUAGCUUUCUUCAUUUUUUUUUCCUUUAAUUACUUUCUUGGUUUAAUUAGUAUAGUAGAGUUUCGAUUAUGAGAUCAACAAAUGAAACUAUUAUUUGUAUAUAUAUUGUUUUUGUUUUAUUCUGUAACGAGAUUCUAUUUUUAGACCAACUGUUUAUAUAUAUAUAUAAAUAUAUAUUAUCUUGAUCAUGACCAAACUUUGUGGUAUUUUCAUUAUUUUAUCAUCAUUAUUAUAUAUUAUAGGCAUAUAUUAAUCAACAAAAACUUAUAUAGUUAUAUACAAAUAAUGUUAAAAUUUAUUUAAAUCUUUUUCUUGGAUGUGUAAAUUAAAUGGGAUAUAAUUUGUUGUGUUUUUUUGGUUUUUCGUACGGUAUAGAGUGUUAAAUCUUAAAGGGUUUUUUCUAAAGAGUGGAAUAAUUAAUAUUUUUAUUAAUUAUUAGGUAUUUGGGUGAAUGUGCUGCAUUGGUCCUCAACACAUAUAUACUUAAUUACAUUAUGUUUUUAUUAGCAUAUUACUUAUUUUUUUUU